UCACUUACCCUUGUAUGCUGAUCAUUGCUUGUUCGUCUCUUUAUUACAUCCUUGCCAGUUAUAGGAGUGUCUAAGAAGACUUGGAAGAACUCAUAUUACUUCAUUAGAGAAUGAAUGGCAAAAAGGGUAGUAUUCAGAUUGAUAUCCCUCCCAUCACCAAAGCUAAACUAUCAGAAACUACUAAGAAACACGAAGAAAAAGUUAGCAUGUCAUGCAAAAACUGCGUUCUGAGUGUGUGGGAGUUCUGCAAAGAAGACAGCAACAGAGUACUAUUUUCACUUAAAGUGGGCCUUGCAGUUCUUCUUGUAUCCCUGCUGAUACUAUGCCAAACACCAUAUCGAGUUUUUGGCGCCAAUAUCAUUUGGUCAAUUCUCACCGUCGCCAUCAUGUUUGAAUAUACAGUUGGUGCGACAUUUAACCGAGGAUUCAACAGAGCAAUUGGUAGCCUGAUGGCUGGAGUCAUGGCCAUUGCUGUAGCAGAGUUGGCCCUGAGAACAGGACGAGUUGCUGAACCAAUUAUAAUCGGUUUCAGCAUCUUCAUUGUUGGAGCCGUAACAUCAUUCAUGAAGCUGUGGCCAUCACUAGUCCCGUACGAGUAUGGAUUCCGAGUCAUUCUUUUCACCUACUGUUUAAUCAUCGUUUCUGGAUAUCGAAUGGGAAACCCGAUCAGAACAGCCAUGGAUCGGCUCUACUCUAUUGCUAUAGGAGGAAUUGUAGCGGUCGUAGUGAAUGUACUAGUUUUUCCCAUAUGGGCUGGGGAACAGUUACACAAGGAAAUUGUCAGCAGCUUUGCCUCCGUAGCUGAUGCACUUGAAGAAUGCGUAAGGAAGUACAUAGAAGACGAUGGAUCAGACCAUCCCGAGCUGACAAAGACGGUCAUGGAUGACUUCCCAGAUGAACCUGCGUAUAAAAAAUGCCAAUCUACAUUAAACUCCUCAGCGAAACUAGAAUCUUUGGCUAAUUCGGCUAAAUGGGAGCCACCUCAUGGGAGAUUCCAGAACUUCUUCUAUCCAUGGUCGGAAUAUGUCAAAGUUGGCGCAGUCCUGCGAUAUUGUGCUUAUGAGGUUAUGGCAAUCCAUGGUGUACUACACUCAGAAAUUCAGGCCCCAUAUAACCUCAGAGUAGCAUUCCAAAAAGAGAUCCAAGAUGCAGCAACCGAGGCUGCAGAGCUUGUCCGGUGCUUGGGAAAGGACAUCUGCAACAUGCGAAGAAGCCUCAAAACUCUCCUCCUCAAAAGGGUUCAUAGCUCAACAGAAAGACUCCAACGUGCAAUAGACGUGCACUCAUACCUCCUCACGUCUGAGCCAACAGACACCUCAUCUAAGCCACAGUGGACUCUCUCUCGCGCAUUGUCAUCUUCUUUUUCUAAUCUCUCAAACCACAUGGCUGAACUUGACAACAGACUCCUUAGACAAAAUCCGGACCCCCAAUCUCAGCCUUUAGACUCGUAUCACGAGACUAUGAGGAAGCAAUCAAGAAGGUUGUAUUCAUGGCCAUCAAGGGAAGUCGAUGCUUUUGAAGAAGAGGGGUGUUUUAGCUCAGACUCAAUUCCUAGAAUGCGGGCACUUGAGACUACUGCUACACUAUCGCUCGCAACAUUUACAUCGUUGCUCAUCGAGUUUGUGGCUCGGCUCGAUCACUUGGUUGAAGCAGUUGAUCAACUCUCAAAGAUGGCUAAAUUUAAACAGGAAGCUCUCUAGAUAGGAACAUACUGUAUCUGUUAUGUAGCAUAGUUACUGAUUUUUGGCCACAAAGGAUCAGUAAUAACUUCUAAAACAUCAAGGUGGUUCGGAAAAAAAUUUCCUACAAUGGUUUCAGAUUCCUCUCUCUGUGCUGCAUAAUCUGAAAUGAUCCUCAUGUAAGGUAUUGGAAUGCUUGCACGUGUUGAAUACGGUUCGUCAAUACCAGUGCAAGACUAAGAAAACGAUAAACAAAGGAAAGAAGUCAAUUUUUCUUGCAUUGAAAUUGGGCCAUAUUGUACAAGUAAACGCAGAUUUUCCACCUUCCAUCUGUCAAUGCUACUCAAUGGUUCAUUUUUCUUUGUGCAUCCUUUUUUUCUUCACUUGCUAGUUGCCUAACAUCAUUUCAAGAAUCUAUUCUUGUAAUAGUGUCCGAACAAAGGGCAUAUCCAGCCUUAUUCGCAGUUGUGGAACAACACUACACGGCGCACGCUGACCAAAAAUCAUAAAUCAUGGUCAGUUAAAAUGGAUGCAGCAUCUUAUAUUUGCUUGUAGUAUCUUCAAAAUCUUCCCAAGUUGGGCACAUUUUGAAAGAAAAAAUCAUUCACAAAUGCUUUUGUUCUUCUCAAGUCGUUGUCCGACUUUUUUCGGAUAGAUGAGUUUGAAUAAACAGGUCCCUAAAUCAAGACCUUUAUGCACAGAAAGGCAUCAAUGGUAGAGAAACAGCAAGUAACCGUUGUAUGCAACAUAGUCUGCGUGCACACGCACACAUCACGCUGUGAUUGUGUACAAUCAACCUAGAACCUCAAAAGGGUUUGCCAAGAAAUAUUUACUCAGAAAAUAGAAAGAAGCUUCACCAAAAUGAUAAGCAUUAAAAACCUUAUUUUUUUACAACAGAAUAUCUGUUUUGACCCAACACUGGCCACGAAACCAAUAGAAAACAACAAUAACUAUUUACAUAAAUAAUACAGGAACAAGCCACACACAAACAGUUCCAAGGUGCCGUGAUUGCCAACAUGUGCCUAAGUUGCAACAAUGUCAAACACAUAACAACAGAGUUUUUCAUAU